CCAAGCUAACAAGCAGCUUCCAGACACCCUCACGAUGCCUUCACGGACGGUAUCACCGACAAUGUCACCAGGCCCCUCGUCUCCGAUCCUCUCACCCCUCGAAGCCCCCGAAGAUCCUGCCACAAGCCCCGACCUCGUCCAUUCUUUGUCCCAUACAAGCACCGUCCUCGCUCUCGCCGUGAGUCCACAGCAUGAGACGAUCUACGCCGGUACACAAGACGGAGAGAUUGUAGCAUGGUCUCUUGACACAUUCCGCCAAGUCCGCCGUGUUCAAGCCCACAAGCGUAGUGUCCUAUCCUUAUCAUUGUCGCCUGAUGCGUCACUCCUGUUUUCCAGCGCUGGAGAUCCCAUCAUCAAUGUCUGGGAUCCAAGCACCUUGACUCGACUUUACGAAAUCUACGGCUCCUACGAUGUCGGCGAUAUCUUUUGUACCGCAUACAGCCCCCAACAUGAGACAUUAUACAUCGGUGCACAAAACGCCACCAUUCAAUGGGUUGGCCUCAACGACGUUACAGCUCGUGUGUCCCCCGAGUCACAGCAGCAUCCCGAUCGACGAAACCAUCGCUUCUUCGACUCUAAAGCUGUCGGUGGCGGCGCAAGUACACCUCGACGAAACGACGAUCGAUGGGGGUUAAUACCAAAAGCACACACUGUUCUCGAGAUGCAUUCAGGCUGCGUUAGAAACUUUGCCCACUAUGGGUAUGUGUACUGUAUGCUCAUGGCUAAGGGACCAACAGUCGAUGUUGGGACAGACGAUGAUGUCUUGAUCUCUGGUGCGGGUGACGGCACAAUCAAGCUUUGGAGCCUCGGGCAUACGGUUGAGGAUGAUGAGGAGCUUAGCGGCGGUAUUCAAGAGAUCAUGACACUGGGCUCAGAUGAUGGCGAGUCAGUCUUGUCCCUCGCACUCGAUAGCUCGUUCCUGUACGCUGGCAAGCUUGACGGUAUCGUUGAACUAUGGGAUCUCGAUACUGCGCAGCGAUUGAGGGUUAUCAAGGCUCACGACUGCGACAUCAUGUCGAUACAAAUGGGCUGGGGAUAUUUAUGGACUGCUGCAACUAAUGGUUGGGCCAGCAAAUACAGUACCACCCACUACGGCAAAUACCAACAUGCAUCCUCCGGAGCCGUUCCCCAGAAAUACCAGUGCCUCCUGAGAUGGGAAGCUCAUCAGGGCAAGGUUCUUGCAUCGGCGGUCACGAACUACAAGAACAAGCAAUACUUCAUCACCGGUGCCAACGAUGACAAUAUCUCGAUUUGGUCCAUUGACACCGAUAAGUGCAACAGUAAAGAGAAAGAAGUAUCACAGGCCUCAGACAACCUCUUGCUGUCUUCUUUGCGAGAAUUUGUGUCAUACAAGACAGUCUCCUCUCGCCCCGAGUUUGCGGAAGACUGUCGCAAGGGAGCUACCUACCUCGGUGCGCUGUUCAAACGUCUCGGUGGUCAUGUUGAGUUACUCAGCACCGAGAAGCAUCACAACCCUGUCGUCUACGCCCACUUCUCAGCUAAGAAGGAGGCUGCUGAGAGGCGAAAGCGAAUUCUUUUCUACGGCCAUUAUGAUGUUGUCGCUGCCGACAGCCGCAAAGGCAAAUGGGAGACUGAUCCAUUCACGAUGCAAGGAACUAACGGUUACCUGUAUGGUCGUGGUGUCAGUGACAACAAGGGUCCCAUCAUCGCUGCGCUGUAUGCAGUGACCGAUUUGAUGGAGAGCCAGCAACUAGAGAAUGACGUUAUCUUCCUCAUUGAAGGUGAGGAAGAGUUUGGUUCGUUAGGCUUUGAGGAAGCUGUCAAGAAGAACAAGGAGUUGAUCGGCGAAGUUGACUAUAUCUUGCUUGCCAACAGUUACUGGUUAGACGACGAGGUCCCGUGCUUGACGUACGGUCUUCGUGGUGUUUUGCACACAACUGUCUGUGUUGACGCACCUCGUCCAGAUAUCCACUCAGGUGUCGACGGCUCGUACAUGAUGAAUGAGCCUCUUUCAGAUCUCACUCAGAUCCUUGGCAAGCUCAAGGGCCAUGGCAACCGGGUACAGAUUCCCGGCUUCUACGAUGGCAUUCUUCCGGUGACACCUGAAGAGGAAGCGCGCUACGAUGAUAUUGCCCAGAUCUUGAUUCGCAGUAAUCCUGAAAAAGGCCCCGAGGAGAGGCUCAAACAGUCGCUUAUGGCAAGGUGGCGCGAGCCCAAUCUGACACUCCACCGAUACAAGGUUUCUGGUCCUGAUGGAAGUCUAGUAAGCAGUCAUGCCAGUUCCCACAUCAGUCUGCGCAUGGUGCCAGGACAAGAAGUGGACAGCGUGAUUGAAGCACUCGUCAAGUUCCUUGAGAAUGAGUUUUCUCAGCUUGAGUCACAGAACAAGCUCACCAUCAACGUCGACAACAGAGCUGAACCAUGGCUCGGAGACCCUACGAAUGCCAUCUUCCAGACAUUGGAGAAGGCCAUCCUGGAGACGUGGGAUGAGUGUUUCGAAACAUCGCCCUCAUCAGGUGAGGCUACACCAGAGCCCGAAAAGGCAGAAAAGUCCAAAGAGGAAGAAGUUCUGUCAGUCAAGACCAAGCUUGGCAAACCACGUAAGCCGCUUUACAUCCGCGAGGGUGGAUCCAUCCCAGCGAUCAGAUUCUUGGAGAAAGAAUUUGGAGCUCCUGCAGCUCAUCUGCCUUGCGGACAGUCAAGCGACUCCGCUCAUCUGGACAACGAGCGGAUAUGUCUGCUGAACCUAUUGAAGGCUCGUGAGAUUUUUGGCAAGGUGUUCAGUCGAUUGUAAGACUGGUGAGACAACGGGCGGGGCUGAAGUGAGAUAUGGAAUUUGGUGUAUUUUAAAAAAUGGAGAAAUGUAGGAGAAUGAUACCCUUGUUUGUGGAAGUCAAG